ACAAUAAAAUGAGAGAAGGUGGGGAGAGAGAGACAGAGAGAGAGAGAGGGAGUUCUUCCGUAAGUGCGCAGAGUAAUUCCGAAGCAGCACUGAGACAGAGAGGAGGAUCCUAGGGUUAGGGUUUGGAGGUGAAGAUGGAGACUUGGGAUCCGAGCACGAAGUCGACGCUGACUCAAAUCCCGUUACUCUCGACCAAAGCCGGCCCGCGUGACGGCGCUGCCUGGACGCAGCGGCUCAAGGAGGAGUACAAGGCACUGAUCGCCUACACCGUCAUGAACAAGUCCAAGGACAACGACUGGUUCCGCAUCUCCGCCGCCAACCCCGAGGGCACCCGCUGGACCGGCAAGUGCUGGUACGUCCACAACCUCCUCAAGUAUGAAUUCGACCUCCAGUUCGACAUCCCCGUCACCUACCCCGCCACCGCCCCCGAGCUCGAGCUCCCCCAGCUCGACGGCAAGACCCAGAAGAUGUAUAGAGGAGGGAAGAUAUGCUUGACUGUGCAUUUCAAGCCUCUCUGGGCCAAGAACUGCCCUAGGUUUGGUAUUGCACAUGCCCUUUGUUUGGGUCUUGCACCAUGGCUUGCAGCAGAGAUUCCCAUUCUUGUUGACUCUGGCAUGAUUAAGCACAAAGAUGAUGUUGCCUCAGCUAGCGAAUCUUAGUAAUUAUACAUAUAUCAUUGAGAGUAUAGCAUGGUGUUUAAUUUUUCGUAAAGAUCAUAGUUUGGGCAAAGAAUAAGUAUCAAAGAGUCAAUGAUCUGUGACUUGCUAAAUUCCCUAUCAAUUCGAACCGCUUCCGUUAUGAUUGGAAACACAAAUAUUUGAAGAGCUCAUUGCAUUCUGAGUU